AUCGAUUCAAGUGGCCAUGGCCGGAAAAGGCUGGCUGCAUUCAGAGGACGUCCAUGUCCGUCCAUCAUACAUAUCGACGAGAAAGCACAGUGCACGACAGGCCGGAUACUCGUGCUGGCACUGGCACUCACACUGCCAUGCUGUCGGUCGGUCCUUCCACUUCAUUGACACCUCUCCCACGGCUGCACGCACAGACGGACAGACAGACAGACAGACAGACGAGACCCACGCACACACAACCCAUAACUCACGAAGCAUCCAUCAUCGGUGCCUUUGUUCUCGUCGCACCUUCUUCGGUCUCUCUUUCGCAUCGGCCCAUGCCAGGCUGUCGGUGCCGCCGCCCUUGUGCGGCGCGUCGUCCACCUGCUGAAUGCCUGGGGGCCGCCUGUCGUCACGCAUCAUCUCCUGAAUGUCAGGCAAGGUGAAGCUGCCUGCAAUGCAGGCAAUCACACACACAAAGCACACAUGCACAGAGCACAGAGCACAUAAGCGCAUGUGGCCAUGUUGCAGUGAGUGGCGUACUUACAUGGGUCUUUGGCGGCGUCGAUCCGUUCGGCCAACAGCCGACGGCACCGCUGAAGGUGGUCCAUGGCGCCCUCACCCUGGCGCAACACAAGCAGGCCUUCGCCCUCAUCCUCCUGGUUGCACGAUACACAUGUAUCGCAAAGCACAAGGAAACACACCACAGACACUCACCUCACUGGCAGGCAAGCCAUGUGAACAUAACAUGCGCACCUGGAAGCCGCUGCAUCUCAUCAGCUCAAUGAAAACCGCCGUGUGUGGCUCAAAAAUGCGCUCUAGAGCCGACAGCCGAAGACGCUACGCACACAGACACACGCACGGAUAGGGAACCCAGAUGCGACGAGUGCAUUGAUUGCAUGCUUCUCUCUCACUUGAAGGGCGCGUUCAGAGGGCUGCUUCUCGAUGCGUUGAUAGAUCUCCAGCAGAGCGGCGAGCUGCCUGUUGGCCUCCAUGGCUUCGUCGGCGCCCCGCAGCAGUGACUCGAAGGCGGAAGUGGGCCUGUCGGCGGGAUCUGCCAGCGAAUCGUCCAGAGUACCGUCGGGCGAUGUCUGAGAGACGUCCUGCAUUGCUGUCGAAGCCAUUCUCCCCUCGAUGGUCGAUACCCGACGGCGCGCCAAAAAGCUCGCACAGCGAAAGCGGAACCGCUGCUGCAU